AUGUCUACAAAGAAGACCAGCAACAUACGAUCGUUCCCCCUUUCAUUCCUGACAAAGCCCCCUCCAACCGUCACAACACUCUCCGAGCAACUCUCAUCCGAUCGCCGACGUCGCGUACAAAAGAAAUCCCGGAUUGAGGCCCCCUCGCCUCGCAAGAGGGCUGCCACUUCGCGCGACUCCGAUGAAGAAGACACAUCGGCCGAGAUCAACGCGGAGUCGGAAUACGUCGACGUAGAUCUCGCAGGCGCCCCUCUAGAGAAAGGCCCCCAUGGUGCAGGGAGGGUCGGUGGGCGCAAACGUACCAAGAAAUUCUACCCUUCGGACGAACCGCUCCGCGAGUUCAUGACCGCAGCCGCGGAUGACUACGCGCGGAUCCUCCUGCGCAAUGAAGGCAGAGGAAGCGAGGCUGACCGCAAAUGUCCCGGGUGCAAACCCGGAGAGGAAGGCACGCCCGAGUACCGCUGCACUACUUGUGUAGGCGGCGGGCUGUACUGUCGCGGCUGCUGCCUAGCUGAUCACCAGCGAAGACCAUUCUGUCGUAUCGAGAAGUGGAAUGGUCGCUUCUUCGAGAAGACGACACUUCAGCAACUUGGGCUCCGCCUUCAGCUUGGUCACCCAGAAGGCGAGCCGUGCCGUAUGCCCCAGCCUGCUCACGCGGACUUCACGGUCGUACACGUCAACGGCCUUCACGUCGUUGGCGUCGACUUUUGCGGCUGCCGACCCUCCAGCCUUGCUGUGCCUCAUCGCGAGCAACUUCUCUGCGCCGGCCUGCUCCCCGCCACGAUCCGUGACCCACAAACCGCCUGCACCUUCGAGGCCUUGAACCAGUUUCAACUCAUCACAUUCCAAGGGAAGCUCACGGCGUACGACUACUACACAAGCCUCGAGCGCAUGACGGAUAACUCAGGGACCGAGGGUUACAAGAAUCGUUACCGGUCCUUCUUGCGCUGCGUACGUAUAUGGCGCUACCUCAAGCUCCUCAAGAGGUCGGGCCGCGCGAACGAUCAGGAGCGGCCUCCGAGUGACGUGCGCCCAGGUGAACUGGCGCUCGCCUGCCCCGCAUGCCCGCGCCCUGGCGUGAACCUACCGGAAGGAUGGGAGAGUGUUGAGCCCGCGAAAAGAUUCCUAUACGUUCUCUUCAUCGCCUUGGACGCGUGCUUUCGCCUCAAAAGACGAAAAAUAUCCUCGCGUGAACGCGACCCGUCCCUUGCCAACGGUGGCUCCUACAUGGUCGAAAGCGGCCCGUUCGAGGAGUACAUCAAGGCGGCGGAAGAGCAGACCGAGGUCAGCACAUGCACUGGUCUGUCGGCAGUAGAUCACGCGAAUACGAAGUUCUCGAAAGGGUAUGCGGAGACCGGGAAGGCGCUUGGCCUCUGUGCCCGCCAUGAGUUCAUCCAGAGGAACGGCGUCGUCCCCACGCAGGUCGGCGAGAGAUAUGCAAAUACUGACUAUGCUCUCGGCUCCCUCCUUCGCCACCACUCCCCCGCGCUGCACUUGCUCUUGUCUUAUGAUAUCUGCUGUCAAUAUUCGAAGAAGUUCGAGGAGCGCAUCAAGAAGCUACCCUCGCUCAUCCGCUUCAAGCUCGCAUACGCCUUCGUGCGUUUCGUCAUCCCGAAGCUCCAUAUACAUGGCCACAAACUCGACUGUCAGCUUCUUUUCAACCUUAACUGGACUUGGGGUGUUGGAAGGACGGAUGGUGAAGGCGUAGAGCGCCCUUGGGGGUUCCUCGGCCCUCUUGGGAUGAGCCUCCGCCAGAUGGGGCCUGGCAGCGCAGCCGACACCAUUGACGAUCACUUCGGCCACUGGAAUUGGCUGAAGUUGAUAGGUCUUGGCGCUCUGCUUCGACGGCGCUUGGUGGACGCGCUCGCAGAGCUCGCUGCGCAGGAGAGCGAGCUUGCGGAGUUCGCCAAAGGGCAGGCUGCGCACACCAAGGCGUGGGAGGCGGAGGUAGAGGCCUUCGAGCACGACAAGUCGAGGCCGAACCCGUUCGAGCUGCCAAAGUCUGGUAGGCGUCCUGCUUUCCUUUUCAAUUUCCUUGUUUUCUGA